UAGGGCUCUAGCUAGGGUUUUGUACUCUCAAUCAACGCCACCAGGAUUUGUGCAAAAUUUUCCUUCUCCAAUUAGGGUUUCAUAUUGGCGGCUAGGGCUAUUGAGAGCCUUUUGUCUGUAUAUAUAUACUUCUUUCUUUUAGUUUCUCUAGCGCUAAACAUUAAAAUCACUACAACUUAGAAGAGAAAUUCUUGUUUGAUUGUUGCCAAGAUUGAAAGUUAUCAUUAUCUUUGACAGUCGAUUACAAUUUACAAUCUAAUCUCAUCUGGUUCCCUUCUGACAUCCUGCUUCAAACUGAAUUUCGGUCUGUUGAUUCUGUUCUACGCAAUCAGGUUUAAUUGGACUUGUUUGUCAAUUACCGUCUUGAUUUGUUUGAAGAUUAUAAUUGCAUUGCGUUCAAUUUCGAGACUUGAGAUUUCCCAUUAUGAGUUUCCCGGAUCCUGUCCCUCCUUUUGGUCCAUUUUCUGGAGCUAGUGAUGCCAUUACGAUUGGUGUCUGGCCUCAGAUUCAGAACAAUGAACAAUUUGAUACACAUUCUCAGUUUGAACAGCAGUCUCCUUUCAAAAGACCCAGAAACUCUGAGGAUAACCCAUCCAUGAAUUCUAGGAUGCCCCCACAAAGCAUUCCUGUAAAUAAAGGGAUAACCAACAUUUUCUUCAAGACCAGAAUGUGUGCAAAAUUUAGGAAUGGGACUUGUCGCAAUGGUGAAAACUGCAACUUUGCUCAUGGUAUGGAUGAUUUGAGGCGGCCUCCACCCAAUUGGCAAGAUCUUGUUGGUGGACGCGAUGAGGAUAGACCACCACAACCACCACCGUGCAACUGGGAAGAUGAUAUGAAGAUAAUUCAUAAGAUGAAACUGUGCAAGAAAUACUAUAAUGGGGAGGAGUGUCCUUAUGGUGAUAGGUGUAAUUUUCUCCAUGAAGAGCCAUCUAAGUUUAAGGAAGAUUCAGGAAGAUUUAGAGAGAGCUCUGUAAUAAGCAUUGGCACUACAGGACAACCAGUGGUGCAGGGAGGUGGGUUUGAUCAUUGUGAUGGUAAUUGGUCUGUCAACAACUCUGGCCCAGAUGCCUUUCAAGUAAAUAUUAAGCCUGUGUAUUGGAAAACAAAGUUAUGCAUAAAGUGGGAAACAACAGGGACGUGCAGUUUUGGUGAGAAAUGUCACUUCGCUCAUGGACAAGCAGAGUUACAGCUGUCUGCUGGACGAAUUGAAGUGGAGGCAGGGAAUUCAAGCUUCAUCUCGACUAAACCUCAAUCCAUUCUUCCUGUUAUUGAUGCAUCUGUAAGUAAGAUGGUUGGUGUCCCUGCUUUUACCGAAGAAGGGCAAGGGAAGAAAUGCUUGUUCAAGUGGAAAGGACAUAAAAAAAUCAAUCGAAUUUAUGCAGAUUGGCUUGAUGAUCUGCCGUUAGUGCAGAGUUUGCCAAGCAGAGUUGGGAGCUGAGUUUACAUUGAAGUUGUUCGGUGCUGCGACAUAUCAAAAGUUUUGGUCUAUAGAAUUUCUUGGUGGUCUAAUGGUCUAAUUCUAAAGUGGUUUUUUCUGCCAUUGUUUAGUCUGGACUCUGGCCAUAGAUUUUGUUUUUUUGUUUCUUUUUUGGCUUUUAUAUGGUAAAAUGUAGGGAGUUUUGACAUACUGUUGUUUCUAGCUAGCUAGAUCACAGUGCAUACAAAAAUUGGUUAUUCAAGGGAACCAAGACCUUACCUGAAGUUCAUUUUAUAUAUAGAGAGAGAGACAUCACCUGAA